AUGGGAUACGGGAGAAUCUCAAGCAUGGAAGGAGUGGGACCAUUGGCUCAUUUCACUACCACUAGUCACAGAUUUGACAAUGAAACUAUCGCAGAUUUUACGACUAAUGGGCAAUGGAAUGUCGACAAACUGAUCAGAAGUGCUCCUCAAAGUCAUCUACAUACAAUCCUGUCCAAGCAGAUACAGCUACAGCAAACCAGCACAGACCAGGCAGUAUGGAGUCUUAAUUCAAAUGGCCUCUUUACUGUCUCUACUGCCUGGGAUAUUAUAAGAGAAAAAAGAACCAAAACCAAGAUUAACUCUUACACCUGGAAUCGGCACAUUCCUUUCAAAUGUUCCUUCUUGCUGUGGAGAACAAUAAGAGGCAAACUCCCUACUAAUGAAAAGCUUUCAGCUUUUGGAAUCGAACCAAGUGACUGCUACUGCUGCCACUCACCUGGUGAAGAUACCAUAGAACACAUUUUUAACACAGGGAACUUCGCAAGGGCUGUUUGGAAAUAUUUUGCUGUUUCUUUAGGCAUGCCAACUGAUUUGCUGCCACUUAGAAACAUGAUCAUGAGGUGGUGGAAUUCUUCUCACGACAAUGAUGCACAUAAGCUAAUUCUACAAUCCACUCCAAUCUUUAUUUGUUGGAGUUUGUGGAAGAAUAGAUGUGCUAAAAAAUACGGAGGCAAUCAAUCCAACAUUGCAAGAGUAAAGCACUUAGUAAUUUUGGACACCUUCAAACUUCUGCGUACAGCCUUCCCAUAUAUAUCUUGGCCGAUGGGAUGGAACAAGCUAUGUACAUUCAUUGAAAAAUGUACUCAUAACACCAAAGUCACUGCUGUCAGCUGGACUAAGCCUCCAACCAGAUGG